UGAUACCGUUCUCAUGUAUUGUACAAUACUUCACUUUUCUGUUCCUCACUACUCCGUACAUUGCAUCGUUUUGAAGCUACGUGCAUAGAUUUGAUCUAUCAACCCGAAGCGAAUCACCUUACGGGAAAUGCAAAAGGGUCGCCUUCGCUUCAAGCUUAGCGCUACACUCACGGCGUAUGGACAGUUGUCAGUUUUUGACAGACUGUUCCGUUCUAAUCCCAUCACCCAUCUUGUAACUCAUGAGUCCUGACCUGAUUCAACUGAAGCUAGCAGAGAACAGCAGAUACCACGCUUGCGUGGUCCGUGCGCUGGGUAACACUACGUCAUAGCAAGAGCGCUUCACUGACGGAAACAACGACCUUUGAGAUGGUACUAUGGUGGUGAGGACAACCCAAUAAAAAACAUCUAGAACUCCACUCCCACCAGACCAGCUAUGGACGGCGUCGCAGGAAUCCUAGUCGGUAUCCUCUGCCUUCUGUUCCCCCCUCUGGGUGUCGCUUUCAUUGCCGGCUGUGGUGCCGACUUACUUAUUAACAUACUGUUGACAAUCUGGCUGUGGUUUCCCGGUGUGAUCCACUCCUUUUACCUCUUCUUCGUCUAUUUUGACCGGCGCGACAAAUACAAGACGGGCCGUCCUCCUCUUCAACGAGCGCCUUUUGUGUGGAGCGACAAGGUCCAAUCCGGGGGAGUCGCCAUGGCCUACGGACGGAUCUAGACCGGGCGAAUCUUGGUCACGGAAGCUAUCGCGUCGAGCCGCUUUGUUUCGUGGCUCGGUCGGCAACUGCUAGCAACCGGACGGUAUUUAUCACGAAAGGGAGGCAUGGCGGAGUCAGGAGAGUCAACCUGCCAUACGAGAUUGGUUGUGGCAAAUAGUGUAUUCAUUGCAAACCGAGGGUGUUGAGCCUUUGAGGUACGGAUAAUUGUACCUUGCAUACGUGUGUGCGCCUGGACCGAGGCCGGAUCCCCAACCGAGACUACGGGUCAGGAAAGAUGCGAGUGAUACCUUCCCUACUACGUGACACAAUCCGUGGAGAGGCAAGGUUGCAAGUCGGGAGUUGGUGUCUUGUUGGAACUCGAAGUUAGGUAUCAAAGACAAUGGUAGGUGAGGUGUUCUAUAGGGCCC